CAUAACGAAUCAUUAUGUAGUUACCAUCGUCGGUAUGGCUAGGUGGUUUUUUCAAUCCUCAAUCAUUCCUAACUGCAAUUAUGCAACAAACCGCACGCAAAAAUGAAUGGCCAUUGGACAAAAUGUGUUUAUAUUGCGAAGUACUGCGAAAAACCAAAGAAGAAAUCACAUCAGCACCAAGAGAAGGCGCUUAUAUAAACGGAUUGUACAUGGAAGGUGCACGAUGGGACGUUCAAACAGGAUGUAUCAUGGACUCUCGAUUUAAAGAAUUGUUUCCAUUAUUACCAAUAAUGUAUAUUAGGGCGAUUACACAGGACAAACAAGAUUUAAAGAAUAUGUAUGAAUGUCCUGUGUAUAAAACACGAUCGCGAGGUCCUACUUAUGUGUGGACGUUCAAUUUAAGAACUAAGGAGAGAGCUAGUAAGUGGAUUCUUGGUGGAGUGGCAAUUCUAUUACAAAUCUAAUUUUAUAAAUUAAAUUAUGGACUAAAUAUGCAAUUAAAAUGAAGAUUUUCGAAAUUGACAAAGAGUGUUGAUAUUCAUUUUUCACACACAAUAUUAUUUUACGCAAGAUAAUAUUUAUAUGAAAGAAGAAGUACAACGCUUCUCUACGCACGAUUACAGUUUAUUUCUCCAUUUUAAAUUUCUUUACAACUUACGAAUUUUGGGGGGGCUGUGAGAUUUUGGUGAGGGUUGGAAGAGGGUGGAAGGGAAGGGGAAGGGAUGGGUGUCCUGUAGAAUUAUUUACAAUAUUUGCAAUGUUUAUAAUGAUUUGAGCGUUGCCGUUUUGUGGUUCUUUCUCUUGUUAUUCUUUAUUAUUUUUUCGGUCUAAACCAAAAUAUUUUUAUGUUUUUUGUGUGAUGGUCUUCUGCGUCUUUUUGGGAAACGGCUAUGUUGUAUCUCCACCUAGUGUCUACGGUCUGUCCAUUUAAGCUUUCCUCGUAGAGUAUUGUUUUAAUCCUUACUUUUCUUUUUAUAUGGUAGAUUAUUGGCAUGUUAUUUUGGUCUUGGAGCUAGUUUCUUUCGUCUAGGUAUAAAAAUGCUUCGGGGGGAUGUAAACUGUUGUCAGUGUAUAUUUGUAAUAUGAAUCGUUUAGAAAUAAGCAACUGAAGAUUAAGCUAUUUUCUAUUAUCUUUGCAGAUUGCGCGAAGUGGUUUAUUGUUAGCUUUAAGAUGUGACAGUCGAUACGGUGGAUGUUCGCUAAAUCGUAGAUUCUUUUAUUUUUGACGUGUUUUUUGAAUCCGCUGUUUUCGAAUCUGCAAGUACUCAGGCGAGCCAUAACAUUACGAUCUGUGCUAUUUUCCAUAGUGCAGGAAAGUACUGUAUUCUUAGAAUUGCGUUGAAUAUUAUCGUUGUUAGUCUUAUUGCCUUUGGGGGAAGGUCUUUUAAGAUUUUUCCAUUGAUCAAGUCAAAUCCUGGGGCUUUACUUGUCUUUGUUGCCUUAAUUAAGUUUGUAACUUCUUGCGCUGUUGUGCUGAGUAUGGUGCAGCGUUUAUCAGUUGUGUUGCUGGCAUUUUCCACUUCUUCAUUUGUUUGCUAUCUUUUUUUUUUUUUUUUUGUACGUGAAGAAAUCCUCAUGGACACUCCGCUGUUGCAAUAAUCGCGUGACAGCAGAGUAGUGUCGGAUUCCUACCGACUAAAACUCCACGAUGACCAUCCUACGCGUAUGACAGGAGUGCACCAGGAACCUCUUAUGAAUUAACUUCUGUUGCACCCCCUUCCCGCGUUGUCUUGUUCGAGCCAGUCCUAAUACUUCCU